AUGACAACAAACCAUGGCUCGUUUACUCACCGUCGAAGAGUGGUCUUUUUUUGUGUACCUUGUGUUUUAUUUGCCAAAGCAGCUGGUAAUAAUUACUGGGGUUCUUUUGUUCUUUCUCCAUGUCAACAAUAUGGUAAGUUAUUAGGCGCCGAUGGACAAAUAACUAGACACAAGUUAAAAAAUUAUCACAAUGAUAGCAUCUUAGAUGCUGAGCGAUUUAUUUCUGUAUAUGAAAACAAGUGCGACAGCGUCGAUGAUUUAUUAGUGAACAAACAGAAGCAAGAAAAAAUUGAAAAUCGAAAACGUUUAGUACCUAUUAUUAAAACAAUUAUACUCUGUGGUCAGAACAAUAUUCCACUACGAGGACACAGAGAUGAUGGUAAUUUAAAUGUCGAUUCUAUUGUUAGUGGUGAAGGUAAUUUUCGUUCAUUACUUCGCUAUCGAAUUGAUGCUGGUGAUUCAAUGUUAGCUAACCAUCUAUCAACAGCUGGCAAAACUGCCACAUACAUCUCAAAGACAAUACAAAACGAAUUAAUCGAAAUUUGCGGUGACUUAAUUCGAGAACAAAUACUUGCUGAAGUAAAGCAUGCCACAUUCUUCACUGUAAUCGGCGAUGAAACUACUGAUGUUAACACUAUCGAACAAUUUACAUUUUGUCUUCGUUACGUAUUUGAAAAUAAAGUUCAUGAAAAAUUUAUUAGCUUUUUACCAGCUGAAGAUCGAACUGGUGAAGGUUUAGCCCGGUUGAUUCUUGAUGAAAUAAAAAAUCUUGGUCUUAAUGCGAAUUUCAUGGUAAGUCAGGCGUAUGAUGGAUGUUCCGCAAUGUCUGGAAAAUUUAAUGGAUGUCAUGCAUAUAUUCAAAAAUUAUUUCCAACAGCACUUUAUCUUCAGUGUGCAUCACAUAGUCUUAACUUGGCAAUAUCAGACUCGUGUUUUAUUAUUAUUAUUCAAAAUUGCAUUGGUUCUAUAAAGGAAAUCUACAAUUAUUUCAAUUCAUCAUCGAAACGAACAUUAUAUCUCAAACAGAUAAUAAACAAUUCAAAUAAAAAAAAAUUAGCAAGUGUUUGUGAUACAAGAUGGGUGGAAAGGCAUGAUGCUGUGAUUACAUUUCGACAAUUGUACCCGUUCAUUAUGACUUGUUUUGAAAAAAUUAUCGAAGAAGAAACAGGUAAAAAUCAAACAUUAGCAUUUAACUAUUUAAAAAAUAUUCAAAGUUCUUGUUUUAUUAUUUCAUUAUGCAUAUUAAAAAAAUGUUUAUCUAUGACUUUGCCUAUUGCUGCUGGAUUACAAGCACCAGACAAUGACAUUAUGGAUUGCAAGCGUUUAGUAGACGACGUCUUGUUCAUGUUCAAACAAAUGAGAAAUGAAAAAUUGAAUGAAGAAUAUGGUGAAAUACUUUCUGAAGUCAAACAAUUGUGUGAACUAUCAGGUAGGAGAACUGUUCUCAUGAAACCAUCAAACGUUCAAGGAAUAAAACAGUAUAUAUAA